GCGCGCGCGCGGGCCGGAAGUGCGCGAGGCGGCGGCGGCGGAGGGGGCGCCUGGCGCGGAGCGGCCGCGGCGGGGCCGGUGAGAGCUCAAUUGCUUCUAAAAAAGCAGUGUUCAGAACCAGACUUGAUAGGACACUUGUACAAGGCUGUUGUGAGCAAACGAAGGAGCAGUUCAGCUGCUCCUCCCGAGCUGAAUGUCUGUGCUGGAGAACACAAAUGGAUGCCAAGAGGCUCGGGCAGAAAUGUGCUCUCUAAUGAGGUGCCACCUCGUUUGCUUUGGGUCCUACAGCAAAAUAAACCUCCACAGCUUCACUCAAAUGCUGGACAGAAAGGAACAAGCAAGUUUUUGUUUUCCUGCCACAAUUCUGUAGAGCUUUCUACAAAUGCUUUUACAAAAUAUUUAAUAUUUAUGAGUGGAGUGUUUGUAAACACGGUGUGAUAAACUGGAACAAGCGUAAGGAGUGUCACAGUGCUGAGCUCAGCUCUGAGGUUUUCUUCCUGAUUUCAUAACUGACAAAGCUGAGACUGAAACCUGACUGAAGGGUGUGAGGGGUGAGCCUGCUCCAGCAGGUGCACUGACAGGUGCUUGCAAAGAUGUCUAAAACAAACAAAUCCAAGUCUGGGUCCCGUUCUUCCCGCUCGAGGUCGGGCUCGAGGUCGCGCUCCCGUUCCUUCUCCAAGUCCCGCUCCCGUUCCCGCUCCAUCUCGCGCUCCAGGAAGCGCAGGCUCAGUUCUAGGUCUCGUUCAAGAUCAUACUCUCCAUCCCACAACAGAGAGAGGAACCACCCCAGGGUGUACCAGAACCGGGAUUUCAGGGGCCAUAACCGAGGAUACCGGAGGCCCUACUAUUUCCGCGGCCGCAACCGAGGGUUUUACCCGUGGGGCCAGUACAACCGCGGCGGGUACGGGAACUACAGGUCCAACUGGCAGAACUACCGCCAGGCCUACAGCCCUCGCCGGGGCCGCUCGCGCUCCCGCUCGCCCAAGAGGAGGUCUCCGUCCCCGCGCUCCAGGAGCCACUCCAGGAAUUCCGACAAGUCAUCUUCCGACCGCUCGAGGAGGUCCUCCUCCUCCCGCUCCUCCUCCAACCACAGCCGGGUCGAGUCUUCCAAGCGCAAAUCCGGGAAGGAGAAGAAGUCCUCCUCCAAGGACGCCCGCGCGUCCCAGGCCGCGGGGGAGAGCCAAGGAGACGAGUCCAAGGAGCAGCCCUUCUCAGGAGCGGGGGCUCAAGACCCCAAGGCAUCCGAGGGGUCGAAACCAUGGCAAGACGUGAGCGGCUACGGCGCGGGCUCCGCGUCCAGGGGCUCGGUGUCGGAGCUGAGCCCGCGGGAGCGCAGCCCCGCGCUCAAGAGCCCGCUGCAGUCGGUGGUGGUGCGGCGCCGCUCGCCCCGGCCCAGCCCCGUGCAGAAGCAGAGCCCGCCACGCUCCAGCCCGUCCCCGAUGGGCUCUGCCGCCCAGAGCGGCUCCGGCUCCUUCCAGGGGGGCUCCCACCAGAGCCCCUUCGAGCACGGCUCGGCGGGAUUGAGCCCCACCAGGAAGAGCCCGGUGUGCAAAAGCCCCACGCCGGUCAGUUCGCUGUACGGGGCCGCUCCGAAGGAGGAAGGCACAGCUCCCGGGGGAGGAGCCUUCUCCAAGAGGUAUCUGGAAGAGCAGAAGGCUGAGAAUGGGAAAGACAAAGACCAGAAAGUAACAAAUGUCGAGAAAGAAAAAAGUAAAGAGAAAGGGAAUUUCUCUGAGUUGGGCUCAGCAGAUGGAAAGGCAAAGUCUGACUCGUACGGCUCCAAAGCUGACUCGGAGAAGGGAUACCGUGGCAGCCAGUCCCCCAAGCGCUACAAAUUCCGGGAUGACUUCGACAAGAUGAAGGUCCCGGAGUUCCACAAGGAAGGUCAUUAUGGCAAAGAGGAGACGGAUGAGCAGGACAAGAAAGACAAGGGAAAAGGCCGGAAAGAUUCGGAAUUUGACGAUGAGCCCAAAUUUAUGUCUAAAGUUGUGACGACUUCAAGUAAAAAUCAAGAAGAGGAUAGGUCAGGAAAAUGGGAAGGUGUGGUUUUCCUGCCACCUGGAAAGGAGAAGCAAAGGAAAUCUGAUGAAAUGGAGGAGGAAAGCUAUUCUGAAAGGUCCAAAAAGGAAGAGAGACCAGGAUCCAAGAGAGCUGAACCUGGUCACAGGGGCUUUGUUCCUGAAAAGAAUUUUAGAGUGACCACUUACAAAUCAAGCCAGGAAAAAAGCUCUUCCCCCCCCCCAAGGAAGCCUUCUGAGGUGAAGGAAAAGCCAGGUACCAAAGUGGAGGGGCUGGCUCCUGGCAAAUCCUCCUUUUCCAUUACCCGUGAGGCCCAGGUCAAUAUUCGGAUGGAUUCCUUCGACGAGGACCUUGCACGUCCCAGUGGCAUACUGGCUCAGGAGCGCAAGCUCUGCCGGGACCUCGUGCACAGCAACAGGAAGGAGCAGGAAUUCCGUUCCAUUUUCCAUCACAUCCAGUCGGCUCAGUCGCAGCGAAGCCCUUCUGAACUGUUUGCUCAGCACAUAGUGACUAUAGUCCAUCAUGUAAGAGAGCAUCACUUUGGGUCCUCAGCAAUGACACUGAACGAACGCUUUACCAAAUAUCUAAAGAAAGGAAUGGAACAAGAUGCAGCUAAAAACAAAAAGAGCCCUGAAAUCCACAGGAGGAUAGAUAUAUCUCCCAGUACUUUUAGAAAACAUGGAUUCUCUCAAGAGGAAUCAAAAAGCUCCAGAGAUCCUGGCUUCAAGGCUGAAGGGAAAUAUAAGGACGACCCUGUUGAUCUGCGCCUUGAUAUUGAACGCCGUAAAAAACAUAAGGAAAGAGAUCUUAAACGGGAUAAAUCCAGGGAGUCGGUGGACUCGAGAGAUUCAAGUCACUCAAGGGAAAGAUCAACUGAGAAAACGGAGAAAAGUCACAAAGGCUCAAAGAAAAAGAAACACCGACGGGUGCGUGAGAGAUCCAGAUCCAGUUCAUCGUCCUCGUGGUCCUCUCACUCAGUCAAAGGAGAGGAGUAUCCCGAGGAGACUGAGGAGAGGGAGGAGAGCUCCACAGGCUUCGACAAGUCCCGGCUUGGGACUAAGGAGUUCACUGGCCCAAAUGAGAGAGGAAGAGCAAGAGGGACCUUUCAGUUCAGAGCUCGAGGGAGAGGAUGGGGCAGAGGCAACUUUUCAGGCAACAACAACAGCAACAGCGGCGGCAACAACGACUUCCAGAAGCGGAGCAGAGAGGAGGAGUGGGACCCCGAGUACACCCCUAAGAGCAAGAAGUACUACCUGCACGACGACCGGGAGGGCGAGGCCGCAGACAAGUGGGUGAGCCGGGGCCGCGGCCGCGGCGCCUUCCCCCGGGGCCGGGGCCGCUUCAUGUUCCGCAAGUCCAGCACCAGCCCCAAGUGGGCUCACGACAAGUUCAGUGGGGAGGAAGGGGAGAUCGAGGACGACGAGAGCGGGACGGAGAACCGGGAGGAGAAGGACAACCUGCAGACGGCGGCCGAGUAGCCACGGGGCCCGCGCGGUUCCGGGAGCCCCGGCGGGAGGGGGGACCAGGCCGGUGCUGGAGUGCCCGGGGGAUCCCCGGGGGCUGAGCAGGGCCCUGGAGAGGAGCUGGGAAACGAUCCCGACGUUAGUGAACCGCAUCGCCAGAGUUCAGCCUCCCCAGGCACGGACUGGCACUGACUGACCCAUCAUUUAUGCUCGGAUCCACUCCUGGAGUUUCUCUUCCCAAAGACUUCCCCUCUGGACUGGAUACGGUCUCAAGCACUGGGUGAGAUCCCAGAUUUCCCCUCCUCUGUGACCUUACAGAUGGUUGGUUAUUUUUUGGUAACAGGCGUUGAGGACGAUGUGGUUUCGGUUUGUGCCCACCUGACCCCACCAGUCCUGACAUUUGUUUCUCUUUUAUAAUUUGACCCAGUGACGGUCGGGGUUUGCUCACCCGCUCAAAUUUUCCUCCCCUAUUGUGUAUUCAGUUUUCUAAAUUCAUACUCUGCUUAUUUUAGGCCUUUACGUACGUAGCGACAUCAAUUCAAAGAUAAUUUUGGAAACUAUUUUUGGUUCUUAUAAAUAGGAAAACAAUGAAGCAUGUGAGUAAACAUCUAAAUAUUCACUUGUUGGGACCAAACUGCUAUGAUUUUUUUUUUUUAACUUUUUUUUUUUUUUUAUGUAACAGUUGAGUUUAGGGCCUUUUAAAAAUGAUUGUUUUCCUUUUAUGUUGGAAGUUAACAAAAUUAGCAUGGUUUUAAAGAGAAAAAAAAAAAUUACACCCUACUUCUGGCCACUGUUUGUGUUCACUGUUAGGCCUGGUGUGUGCUGGACCCCAAACUGCUUGUAGCAUUUGUGUCUCCUCCCUGCAGCUGGUUGUGACCUGAGUGCCCUUUCCAAGAUGACAGUUUUCUAAGGAACUUCCGAAUUCUACUUGGGGAAAAAAUAUAAAUGGAGAUGAGAAUUUUUCAAUAUUUUUUAUUAAUCUUUUUAUAAAACCAAAAGGCAGAUCCCUCCUGAGCUGAUUGAGGACAGCCCUUAGGACGUGUUUCUUUGUAUCUUCUGCUUUAAGAAUACCCUGGAGCAGUUUGCAGAUGGUUCCCGGCCGGGUUUGAGCCUGGGCGGGGAGGCACAGCCGUGCCCACGCUCCCCUCUCCCCCUCCCCAGGAUUGCUGUGCUGUUCCCCACACACCAGCUAGAGUUUGGUUUGUUUUGACUUGAACAGUUCCUGUUUAGCAAAGCCCCGAAGUUUGUUUAUGCAAAUAAAAUACAAUAAAAUACGUAGUAGGUGUAA